AUGUUGGUAUUAGAUUGGCUUUUUGCGCAGUUUUACGAACGCUUUACCCUUUAUUGGCCAUUACUUGUUGAACCAAUAGAAUCUUAUGCUGUUGGAAUUGGUUUUGAAGGCUUUUGGAAUUGUUUUGAAAAUGCUAUGGAUUUUUGUUGGGAAAUGAUUUUUGAAGUGAAAAGGGAUAAAGAAGGAGAUUCUACUUGUGAUAAUGAAAGCAGUCAACAACUUCCUCCAGAUUUUAAAGCUUUUCGUCUUCAACUUUUACGUCUACUAAUUAAACUUCCAAUUAAUACAAUAAAACCGGAAAAGAGAACAAAUUACCUAUCACCAAAAUUUUUACGUUUAUACAGGUUAGUAUUUUGAUUUUUUGGGACUGUUAUGAGUUACCGAGAAAGUUUUUGGGGAAUUUUUUUUAUCGACUCCUCAGUCAGUAGUAGGCGGGCCAGUUGGUUAGUAUUCCAAUUUUUUGGACUGAUAUGAAGACUGAAGGGAUUUUUUGUAGAAUUUUUUUGCGGACUCAAAGUCUUCGUAGGUGGGCCUGUUGUAAAAAAAGUCGGCC